UCAUCCGGAAGUGACUCUAGGCGGAAACGGUUGCCAUGGCAGCGGCCGGGCACGCGGCUGGGCUGAGGGAAGAUGGCGGUGACGGGUUGGCUGGAGAGUCUGCGGGCGGCAGAGAAGACGGCGCUGCUGCAGGACGGGAGAAGGAAGGUGCACUAUUUGUUCCCAGAUGGGAAGGAAAUGGCCGAAGAAUAUGAUGAGAAGACAAGUGAACUACUUGUGAGGAAGUGGCGUGUGAAGAGUGCCCUGGGCGCCUUGGGCCAGUGGCAGAUUGAGGUGGGAGAGCCAGCACUCCCAGGAGCAGGGAGCCUGGGGCCUGAACUCAUCACGGAAAGCAAUUCCAAUCCCAUCUUCAUGCGCAAGGACACCAAGAUGAGUUUCCAGUGGCGAAUUCGAAACCUCCCGUACCCUAAGGAUGUCUACAGUGUCUGUGUGGACCAGAAGGAGCGCUGUGUUGUCGUCAGAACAACGAACAAAAAGUACUACAAGAAGUUCUCAAUACCUGACCUAGACAGGUAUCAGCUACCUCUGGAUGAUUCCUCGCUGAGCUUCGCUCAUGCCAACUGCACCCUCGUCAUCUCUUACCAGAAGCCAAAGGAGGUCCUAGUAGCUGAGUCAAACCUGCAGAAGGAGCUGAAGAAGGUAAAGACAGCACACAGCAGUGACGGGGACUGCAAGACUCAGUAGCGGACCCCUGAGGCCUGCACUUCCAGCGCUGAGUGUGGGUGAGGCUCUUCCUGUAGAGGCCUCUGAGACUUCAAGCCUUGGGCCUUUCCGGCACAGGGGCAGCCUCUUUUCUCCCAGGAGCUGUCCAGGCUCUGUAAGAACUGGGCCUCAGGGCACUCCUAGCCCCUGAGUCGUGGUCUUCUCUCCUGAGUAAAAUAAUUGUGAGUCACUGUGGGUGC